GUUAAUUUUGUUGUGAUGCCUUCUGAGAUGAUUUGUUUCCUCUCUUUGUCAGAUUUGACAUUUCUUCAUGAGAGCUGUAAGACGUUUCAUGGCGAUCUUGUCAACUUCGAGAAGAUGCAUAAAGUGGCAGAGAUGGUGAGGACCAUCAGACGAUACAGGAGCACUCAGCUAGCCAUGGAUACAGAGAUGUCCCCCUCCCACCUGCAGACGAAGGCCUAUGUCCGCCAGUUACAGGUGAUCGACAACCAGAACCUGCUGUUUGACAUGUCCUGCAAACUGGAGCCCAAAGACACAUAAAGAGAUGGACAGGGGGAAGAGAAGGUGACAAAAAAGAAACUGGGAUGGGGAGAAGAGGAGUAGGAGGAGGAGGAUGACAAUGUUCACAAUGUUCAAAAGUCUUGUGUUAAGAAACAAAAAAGCCAAGAACCAAAGGCAAGAUUUAAGUAGAAAGAGAGAGAAAGAAGUGAUGGAAGGAUUCUCAUGCUGGAACUGGAAACCAUCUCCUCCUCCUCCUCCUCCUUGUCCACCUCUUCACCUACUUGCAACAUAAAAACAAAAAAAAAGAUUUUUGAUCAACAAGGAGAAGAAAUUUCACUCACUCUACUACUUCUCCAUCCAUGUCUCUGACUGCUUGUUUAGGUUCUUUCUUUCCUUAUCUCAGCCUCCUCCUCCUCUUCCUUCCCCAUCCCUCCAUCAACAGCUGCCCAGUCAAAACACUGCCAGAAUCCCUGAAAACCACUAAUGCUAAACAGACACAUGGCCCAAAUCACAUAACAUGAAAUACGGAUGUCUUUUCUGUUCAUAAUUCAUUCAGAGUUUGUGGCUAAACCUCUAGAUUAUCUAGCAACAGAUCGUCCGCUGGAUUUUUCACUCCAAAAUCCAGCUAGUUAUCAGCAUGGAACACUGUUGAAACAUCUGUAAACAUCUGUGGGGAUUGUUCUGGAACCUUUGGCGAAGAAAGACUCAGCAGCAUUAACAUGGCAUUCAAGAAGCUCCUCAGUCUGUCAAUGGCAAAUCGUCUACUGUAAGUUUGAGAUACAUUGCUGCUUUGAAAUCUCUGCAAACAUCAGACACAGGAGAACAGUGAAGAAGAAGAAAUAAAACCAUGUUGUCGUCAUGUUGUUGGACAUCUAAGAACUUAAAGGGACCACCAGACUCCCUACUGUUUUUGUUCCCCCUCCUGAGGCAGUUGACCAAUCAGACUAGAGACAGUCUGGCAGCUGCCAAACCCUCCACAAAACAGCCUCCAUGAUGAAUGAGUACAGUGAAAAUUAUACAUUAUUGGCCUGAAUAUUUUAAGUGGGAAUUACAUCUAAGGAGCGAGUGUUGUAUUAUAUUCAAACACUAGACAAUUACAUAUACACUACAACAGAUUCUGUUCUUGAACAGGGACCAUCCCGCUGUAACAGCAGUGCUUACAGAGUAUUGCAUUGUGGGGUGUAGAGCUGCAGUGAUUAUUCAGUGUGCAUCACGCGAUGCUGCCGUGCCAAGUGUGGACACCGGGGCAAAAUCACCUCAUAGAUCAGCACCGUUUCUGGAGGACCGGAGAAAACAAGUCAAAGCGCCUCCUGAUGUCUUUACCACAGAAACAGACUGAAUCAUUUGUCAGACAGACAAAAAUGACCAAUGUGAGGAGCUCAAUAACAAAAGCAGCCAGUGGAAAAUCAGAGGAAACCACUGAGACCACUUCUACAGUUUGACGGAAUAAAAUGAGACUGAUGGACAAGCUGCACAGAUGCGGGGUUUAUGUUCUGCUUUAACACAAGUAUUGAAUUUUCCACUUGGGCCUUCUUGUUGGAUGAACACUGUAUCUGGCUACUUACUUUUUCAGCACUUUGAAAAUGUUGCAUAUCUUCAUAAAAUCAUUUUCUAAAAGUAGCUGAUGGAAAAGAGUGGUAAUAUUAUAGUCAUGGUCACUGUGCAGCAGUGAUUUUGUUCCCCAGGAUCUUGUUUUUGAAGAACAUGCGGACACAGGACACUGAAACUCUGCUGGAACAAAGUGACGUGAAACAACUCAUCAUGACACUAAACUCGUUUUCAAGCAGGUGGAACCAGUAAAAUGUAGAUACUACUACUUUGAAAAGUCUAAAGUGCGACUCAGAGUUUGCACCUGGGUGUCCAGCACGCAGAAAUCUGUCAUCUGGAUUUCAUAACUGAAUAUAUUUUUCCAUCAAAAUUCUGAACAAAGGAUCAUGUUGUGGCUCUGUCACCAUAAUGAACUCGCAGUCCUGGUUGACUGUGUCCACGGUUUACAUCAGUGUUAGCACUGUUAGGCUGACCUCUGAUUUGUGGUUUGUAUCAGCUGCCAUAUUUCACACAAUCAGGAACACAUUUCCUCCUGGAUUUAACCUAAAUAGUAUCUUUGACAGACUUUCAGACACUGUGGGAUGGUGCGUUAAUGGACUCUGAUCAGGAUAUUGGACUUUUUCUCUCUGGAUGAGACCGUGUAGAUGCUGGUUUUCUACUAAAUUUGGUCUUAAUCUCAGUUUGAAGACAUUAACAAGCUCUUCAGUCUUUUCUGCAUUUUGUUUCAGGACUUUAAUGAUGAAUGUCAUCAUUAAACAUCUCUCACAGUGUUUUAUGAUCCAAGAGGAAUGUUGGAAACUUCAUGUCACACUCAAUUUAAAGGACCACAUCACAGCUUUUUGCAUGUUUUACCCAGUUUAGUACAAAUCAUGCACGUGCUGCAUCAGCACUGGCUUCUCCAAAGCAGACCGCAGUGUCUAGAAUGUGGUUUAGUUCCUCUGUGACGGUUCAUUUCUCUAAUAUUCAACUUGCGUAGUGUGUAAAACUUGCACCCGGCCUGAUAUUAUAAUCAGGCCGGCUGAUAUUGCACCCGAUUAUGAUAUUAUAAUCACUCAUAUGCAUGAAAAUACAUAUGAGUGAUUAUGUUGAUCUCUGGCUUUUAUUUAUUAUAAACCACUUCGGUCUGUUUUGGGAAAUGGUCAGUGCUCCAUGAUGUGUGUGUGUGUGUGUGUGUGUGUGUGUGUGUGCGUGUGUGUAUGUGUGUGUGUGUG